GUAUACGUUAAGGGUAGACACUUAUCUUACCAACGUUCUAAGAACGUUAACAACCCAAACGUUUCUUUGAUUCAAAUUGAAGGUGUUAACAAUGCUCAAGAUGCUAAAUUCUACUUAGGUAAACGUAUUGCUUACGUUUACAGAGCUUCUAAAGAAAUCAGAGGUUCUAAAAUCAGAGUUAUUUGGGGUAAAGUUACCAGAUCUCACGGUUCUAACGGUGUUGUUAGAGCUAACUUCAGAAAAAACUUACCAGCUAAAACUUUCGGUGCUUCCGUUAGAAUUAUGUUGUAUCCAUCUAACAUUUAA